AUGCGUAUAUUUUUGUGCGGAUGCGUCCAUGGUUCAUGGGAAGUUGUUGUUAAUGAAGUAAACAAACUUGUCGCUAAAGGAACAAAAAUUGAUCUUAUUAUUGUUGCUGGUGAUACUGAAUCAUUUCGUUCAAAAUCAGAUUUGGAAUCAUAUAAUUACCAAAGACAGAAUCAUGAUUUAGGAACUUUUCACAAACUUGUUAGUGGAGAAUUGAAAUUGCCUUGCAAAAUGCUUAUGAUCGGAGGAAACAACGAAGUUGGAGAUAUGAUAUUCCAGCUUCCAUUUGGAGGAUGGGUGACUCCAGAUAUAUUCUUUGCAGGAAUAAAUUCUCAAAUCUAUUUUGGUGAUUUAUUGAUCACAUGUCAGAGUGGUAUUAUGAACGGACAAGAUUAUCAUAAAUGUAUUUCAGAGAAAUUCCCUGUCAGAGGUUGUGAUACUCAUUUAAUAUUACAUAUCCGUGAAGUCUCGAUUUUCCAGCUUUAUGGUUUGAAGAAUGUACCUUUGUUUGUAUCACAUGAAUGGCCAUCAGGAAUUCCAAAGCAGUACAGAAACAUUCCAAGAAUGCAGUUUUAUGCUAAAUCAGAUGAUAAAAAUGAUUUCGGAUGCCCAGGAUUUGUGAAGCUUUUGAACAAGCACCGACCAAAGAAGUGGUAUGCAGCUCAUUUGCAUGUUAGAUUUGAUUGUACUCUGAAAAAUGGAACAAAAUUCACAGGAGUUCCUAAAGUUAUUGAUAAACGGUAUAAGUGGUAUGAAUUAGAAGAAUACAAUUGCAAUCCAGCUGGAGGUUUCAAGUUUUCAGGAGAAUGGAUCAAUAUUGUGAAGAAUACUGAGAGGUUUGUCAAGAAUCCAAAACUCCUUCAAAACUUAGAUUGGGAUGAAGAGUGGAGAAAAAUAUAUGAAACAAUGAACACAGAAGAUUUCCCAGAGAAAGUCGAUGUUAUGGAAUACAAUGAUGAUUACCAAAUUCAGACAAAGAAAUUCUGCGAUUCUUAUCAAAUUUACAACCCAUAUAAGAUAUAA